GCGCGUAAUCCGUGUUGCCUACAAUUUAUUUAUCUAGUUCAAGUUCAGUCCUCUCUCGCUUGUGUCGUACAUCUAAAAUUAGUGCCACAACAGAUUUUCCCAAUUUGCAUAGUCACUCAAAACCCGGAACCGCAUUGUCUCGAGUGAUGGACUCCGCUGACACGCCGGGCGCAGAAGGGCCACCGGAAGAAGCUCUAAAACCCAUUGGCUGCUCCCAUUACAAGAGAAAAUCCAAAUUCGUGACACCAUGCUGUAAGAAGGUGUACACUUGUCGGUUUUGUCACGACGAGAAGGAGGAUCAUACGGUGAACAGAAAAGAGGUGACGGAGUUGAUUUGCACGCUGUGCGAAAUGAGACAACCGGUGCAGGCCGAGUGCCAGAACUGCGGGAUAAGGUUUGGAAAAUAUACGUGUUUGGAGUGCAAUUUGUUCGACGACGAGGACAAGAACCAGUUUCAUUGCUCAGGCUGCGGGAUUUGUCGGAUUGGGGGAGCCGAUAAAUUUUUUCAUUGUGAGAAGUGUAACAUGUGCCUUCCCGUUCAGCUAAAAAACGGACACAAGUGUGUGGAGAAUGUCUCCCGGUCCAAUUGUCCCGUCUGCCUCGAAGACAUCCAUACUUCUAGAAUUCCAUGUCAUAUUCCAAUGUGCGGCCACUUGCUGCACCGAACUUGCUUCAAUCAAUUACUCAAAGCUGGCCACUACGCUUGUCCCAUCUGUCAGACUUCUCUCAUGGAUAUGAGUCAAUUAUGGACGUACCUGGACAACGAAAUCGCGCACACUCCAAUGCCCCCACAGUAUAACACCUACAUGGUGCAGAUUCUCUGCAAGGACUGUCACAAGGAAAGCACGGUGAAGUUCCACGUUAUUGGCUGCAAGUGUAUUCACUGCGGGUCGUACAACACCUGUCGCAUCAAAGGACCUUUCAAGCCGUCAGGGAGGAGUAAGCCGAGCAGCUCCAAUCAAGCGGCGUCGCCAGACGACGAUCAGUCGAGCUCAAAUAGUCAAGAGUCUUAACUAUUGUUAUUAUUUUAGGUGAAAUCGGCAGGAUUCCGACGUAUUAUUGGCAUUUUAUAUUUAACCAUGUUACUCAAACUUAGCGAACAAGCGUAUUCAGUAUCUUAAAGUAGUAGGAUGUAUAUAAGUUUGUACAGUGUACAAGUUUGUGUGAUUUUAUUUUUAUAUGAUUAUUUGCAACAAUUGUUGAUAUUAUUGACGUACUCAAGAGAAAAUAGAUCUCCUAUAUUAAGUUGUUAUUGUUAAUUGGGUUAGGUGGAAAUUGUGAUUCUGUUGUAUGAUUUGGAGUCAGGUGACGGAAGUUGAGGCUGAAAGCCGCUAAAUUUUGGAAAUUGUUUAGGUAAUAAACGACAACGUUAACUA